AUGAUGAGGGAGGGGCAGAGACAGGGGAUGAUGAGGGAGGGGCAGAGACAGGGGAAGAUGAGGGAGGGGCAGAGACAGGGGAAGAUGAGGGAGGGGCAGAGACAGGGGAAGAUGAGGGAGGGGCAGAGACAGGGGAUGAUGAGGGAGGGGCAGAGACAGGGGAAGAUGAGGGAGGGGCAGAGACAGGGGAUGAUGAGGGAGGGGCAGAGACAGGGGAAGAUGAGGGAGGGGCAGAGACAGGGGAAGAUGAGGGAGGGGCAGAGACAGGGGAAGAUGAGGGAGGGGCAGAGGCGAUGUUGCGGAGGUGUGGCCCCUGUGGUGGUCCCUGGGAGGCCCCUGCUGUCCUGA